GGUGUGUGUUUUGGGAAAGAGGAAUUGGUAAUGUACGUGAUCCCGGAAGUACCCCCAAGCACGCAGAGCAGGAGCAGCGCGUGAGUGUGACGGAGAACUGAUAGUCAGCGGAGAAAGGUGACUGACUAGCUAUAGUAGAAAGCUAGCAAACCAAAGCUUCAUCAUAUCAUGGCAGCAACUAUCAAUCAAGCAAGGUCGGCACUUUCAAAAAUGUUUAACAGUGAGCGGUACAGCCACUUCACUCUGCAGUCGGACGAAGAGGGAGACGAAGGGAGCCACGUGGAGGUGAGACUGUCUGAUGAUGAAGUAGAUGACCACGCCCCCUCUGAGCAGGUGGGCCAACCAGGAGGCUCGCCCUCAUACAGGCCCCGCCCACAGCAAAACAACCACAAAGUGUGUUAUCUGGCUCUUGGAACCCUCUUCAUCUUCAUCAUCGGUUAUCUGAUUGGCUAUGUGAGCCACCACUCUCCCCGCAAGGAGCCAAUCACUUGUGAUUCUGAGCAGGAAGUGGGCGUAGCUGAGGAGGCUGUAGUAGAAUCCUCUCUAUCCUGGAAUGACAUCACCAGCUUGCUGGCACAAAGACUGACUCCUGACGCCUUCAACAGCAGACUGAGUGAUGUUGAACAGACAGAUCACGUGGCAGGGAGCAGUGCAGAUGGCAUUCUGGAAUAUCAUGUGUUUGACAGCUUUAAGAGUCUGGAGAUGGAGCCCUGGACUGACGUACACUAUGUCCAACUACAGACAGCCAACAGUCAGAAGCCAAACCGUGUUAUGAUUGGCCAAGAGGAGGUGGGCCAGCCUAAGGGCUAUCUGGCCUAUAGUGCCACAGGAAAAGCUCAGGGCAAGGCGGUGUAUGGUAACUAUGGGAGUCAAGAGGAUUUGAUGCUGCUACAGAAUCUGAAGGUUGAGCUGAAUGGCACUGUGAUUCUACUGAGAGCUACAGGACAGAUCAGCCUGGCACAGCAGGUGGCUAAUGUAGCAGCAUUGGGAGUAUCUGCUGUGUUAAUUUACCUCGACCCUAAAGACUACAGGUUCCAACCAACUACUGAACUGUACGGACAUGUCCAUCUAGGUUCAGGGGACCCCUUCACGCCAGGCUUCCCCUCCUUCAACCACACCCAGUUCCCUCCCACCCAGUCUUCUGGUCUUCCUACUGUACUGGCCCAAAGUAUUACUGCUGCUAGUGCUGCCAAGAUACUAACGCGUAUAGGUGGGCUUGAGUCCCCUCUCAGUUUUAAAGGCUCACUGGACAAUGUGAAGUACACCCUGGGAGGGGCUAGUAGUGAAGAUGUUACUGUGGAGGUGAACAACGUGCUGCAGGACACAGAGAUCCACAACGUCUUUGGAGUCAUCAAGGGCUUCACUGAGCCAGAUCGGUACGUGUUACUGGGGGCUCAGAGGGAUGCGUGGGGUCCAGGCUACGCUAAAGCCACUGUCGGGACCACACUGCUACUGGAGCUGGCUAGAGCUGUGUCUGAGAUGGUGCACACAGAUGGUUUCCGUCCCAGGAGGAGUCUGGUGUUUGCCAGUUGGAGUGCAGGAGAGUACGGCAGUGUUGGAGCUACAGAGUGGCUGGAGGGUUUCUUCUCCUCUCUGGACAGAAGAGCUUUCACCUACAUCAGUCUGGAUGGAGUGGUCACUGGCCAUGGUGAAUUCAAAGUGUCUGCCAGUCCCCUACUCUACAGCCUUCUGGAAAGCACCAUGAAGGAGGUGAAGAAUCCCAUUGGUUUUGGAGAGUCUGGGAAGUCUCUGUAUGAUAAGGUGUCUGGAGUCAACUUUGAGAAGGCAGUGUUUGAGCCCAUGAAGAUGGAAGACUCUGCAUAUCCCUUCUUGGCAUUCUCUGGAAUCCCCUCUCUCUCCUUCCGCUUCGUCUCUCAGGGGUCUGAGGCCUACCCGUACUACGGCACCUCUCUUGACAACAAGGAUCACCUUGGUUACGCCACCGCCCAUCGUCUUAAUUCCCUAGCCACUGGGGCGGGAUUGGUCGCAGGUCAGCUGGCGUUACGAUUGGUCCACGACCACGUGCUACGUCUAGAUGUGCAACGCUACAGGAUGGUUCUCAGCCAAUCUGUGGUCAAGAUCAACCAGCGCCUCAAACAAGUCACCCGGGAUGGUUCUGCUGAGAGUCUGUCAGCCCGUUGGCUCAUCAUGGCCUUAGGAUCCUACAGUAGAGCUGCUACUGACCUCAACACUGACCUACUCAACACCGACCUCACUGACACACUGGCUUGCCACAACAUCAACGACCGCAUCAUGAGAGUGGAACACAACCUCCUUUCUCCAUAUGUCUCCCCCAAAGAGGUUCCAUUCCGCCACCUGCUGUUUGGCCGUGGUUCCCACACCCUGGCAGCCCUGUUGGAGGGUGAGGACAGAGAGGUGCUGCGGACCCAGCUGGCCCUGGCCACCUGGACGCUACAGGGCUGUGCCAACGCUCUCUCUGGAGACGUCUGGGACAGCGACAACCAGAUGUAACAGUGUGCGUCUGUCCGUCCGUCCGUCCGUCCUGGUUCACUGUAAAAUCCAGGAUGAGAUGAAGACGGAUUGGUCGGGGGUGACGAUGUAAUAAGAGACCAGGAACUACUGUCAUUCCUUCCAGUUUCGGUUACUGGACUUCCUGAACAAUGUUGAGAUUGAUCGACCUCUAACCCCUCGACACAGAGGAGCCUAUUUAUACGUUAUAUAUCUAUCAGUCCACUAUAAAUGUUCUCUGUUUUAAUGAUGAUAAAGUUCUUGUUUAUUUUUAUAACAUUUUUGGAAGCAGUGCCUUCAGACUUAUGGCAGUUUCAUGUUGUUAGUUUAGGUUAAGAGUUGAUUUAUUUUUCAGUGCCAGUGCUCACUAUACAUGUUUAAAUGUCAUUCAUUUUGUUUUUGAUAAAGUUAUCAGGAGCUGUGCCUUCCAGA